CCCCGCUUUUCCCGGGCGGGGUGGGGCCGGAAGCGGCUGAGCGCGCGGGCGGAAGCGGAAGUGGCGCGAGGCCCCCGCCGUGGUGCCCGCGAUGCUGUCGCUGGACUUUCUGGACGAUGUGCGGCGCAUGAACAAGCGGCAGCUCUACUACCAGGUGCUGAACUUCGGCAUGAUCGUCUCGUCCGCCCUCAUGAUCUGGAAGGGGCUGAUGGUGAUGACAGGCAGCGAGAGCCCCAUCGUGGUGGUGCUGAGUGGAAGCAUGGAGCCCGCAUUUCACAGAGGAGAUCUCCUGUUCCUGACGAACCGAAUUGAAGAUCCAAUCAGAGUGGGAGAAAUUGUGGUCUUUAGGAUAGAAGGAAGGGAAAUUCCUAUAGUCCAUCGUGUCCUGAAAAUUCACGAGAAGUUCAUGGUACAGCACAGAAGCUGUUCAGUAAGAUGUUGUGCUCCUACACCAUCACUCUUCAGAAAUGAAACUCCAUUAUCUGCGCCUUUGGGUGUCUUUGUCUUUUCCCAGACUCUGCAAAACGGUGACAUCAAAUUUUUGACAAAGGGAGACAAUAAUGCUGUGGAUGACAGAGGUCUGUACAAACGAGGGCAGCACUGGCUGGAGAAAAAGGACGUAGUAGGAAGAGCAAGAGGAUUUGUGCCCUACAUUGGAAUAGUGACCAUCUUAAUGAAUGAUUACCCAAAAUUUAAGUAUGCAGUCCUCUUUCUACUGGGUUUAUUUGUGCUGGUCCAUCGAGAGUAGUCUGUUGCACUGAAGUACGUAGUGAAGAUUCCGUGGAUUUUGUAGAUGAACGUUUUAAGUAGACGAUGGUCCGAUGUGCCGGGAGGAAGAAGAAAACAUACAUUUCAAAGCUUCUUGCCAGUUUGGGUUUGUUUUGUUUUUUACUGCCUAAGGGCGAAUGUUUGUCACAGUAUUUCCAAUGGUUUGUCACAUUUUAGCAUUUUUAGUGAGUUUUUUAUAUUAAAACUUUAAGCCAAACUGUUCAGUGUUUGUACUUUGAAGCUGAGCUUCCUCUCCAAGUGCCUACAGGACUGUGUCCUUCAAGUCUGUGCCUCCGCUGGUCAAGCGUGACCUCUCCCCAUACUGACUGAACUGUCAAAUGGUGAUCUGUGGGGGUGAUGUUUUUUUCCAUUUUAGAACUGGAAUAAAGAUUUUACAUCUCGCCCA